UAUCUGCUUGGCAUGGCUACCAUCCGGAUUGCCGAAGACUUUCGACCAACCAGGUCGAACACUGGGAUUGGUGGCGGUAUUUAUCCCAUCAGCGAAAACUCCAUAGAGCGAUCCCGCCCUAGAAGCCGCUCGAGAGACGCAUGACGUAGACUCAGUGACCUCAAAGAUCCGGAAACUGAAGAGGCCGGGCUCACUCGAGAUGGAGACUUUAAGGAAAAAACAGGUCACUUGUUCCAGGAAAUUGCGUGACUGUGUACUAAUAUCAAGAAAGGGGUUCAAGGGGAGGCUAUUGCUCUACCUUGCAUACCAAAGUAUUGGCAUGAUAUAUGGGGACAUUGGAACCAGUCCUCUCUAUGUCUAUAGUUCCACUUUCACGUCUGAACCAUCUCAUGAGGAUCUGGUUGGAGUUUUCUCAGGUAAGGAAGUCAGCAUGCUACUGAGCAAAUCCGGCAAGAUUGUAUAAUACAAAGCAAAUAAUAGCAGAAACCCCAAGCCGAAUGCCCCAAACUCCUUAUACCAUA